GUUCGUUUCAAGUUUAUUAUUGCGUCUUCGCUCCGCCACCUUAUAUGCCACCGUCUUACCACCGUCGUCUCCUCGCCCUUGCUCGACACAUUCAACCGGCUACGCAGUCUAUCGGACCACAUCAACCGCAUUCCUUCCACAGGUUCGCACAGACACAGACACUCGCAACGAUGGCGGCCAAGCCAGACACUUUCUGGGAGUUCAAGCCCAAAGAUAAGAAAGGCAAUGAAUACUCCCUGCAAGACCUGCAGGGCAAAGUCGUGCUGGUUGUCAAUACAGCCAGCAAGUGUGGCUUCACUCCUCAAUACGCCGGCCUGGAGAAGCUCUACAAAGAACUCAAGCCCACGCACCCCGACUUCGAGAUUCUCGGCUUCCCCUGCAACCAGUUCGGCGGGCAAGAACCUGGCAGCAAUGACGAUGUGCAGAACUUCUGCCAGGUCAAUUACGGCGUUAGCUUCCCAGUGCUCGGCAAGACGGACGUCAAUGGAGGCAACGUCGAGCCUGUGUGGGAGUGGAUGAAGAAGGCCAAGCCAGGUCUCCUGGGGAUGCAGAGGAUCAAGUGGAAUUUUGAAAAGUUUUUGAUCGGCAGGGAUGGCAAAGUGGUGCAGCGCUGGGCCAGCACCAGCAAGCCGGAAAGCUUGAAGGCGACGAUCGAAGAGGAGUUGAAGAAGGGCGCGAAGCCCACGCCGACGAAAGAGGCGCCUGCGCCUACUACGAGCUAGGAAUGUGGAGGCACAUGAGCUGGGGGGGGGCUAAUUGAAAGAUUAAGUGCAUGCAGUUGU